AUGACAACCAUCCACCCCAUUCAUCCAUCGCUAAACACCUCCACAACCAGGACCAUUGCCACAACUCCCCUGGGUAAUACCACUGCAAACUCAUCAACACCCGUCCUUCCACCAGUAAACACCGCAACAGCCUCCCCAAAGACCACCACGACAGCAGUGAUAACAACCACCGCAGCACAAAACACCACAGAAGCCAGUAAUGAAGAGCAGGCCAACCAGUUGCUGGAUCUGACAAGCGAUGUGUCCAAGCUCAACUCCUCCCAGGUGGACCAGUUGGUGUCCCAGCUAGAGUCCCUGCUUGCUGGGCCCAAUGUCAGCCUGGCUCUGGGGAAAACCUCUGUCACGAUCGUUAGCAACCUGCUGGGUGUCUCCUCUGACACCCUGGCCUCCUCCUCCACCAAGAUCAUUGGGAUUGUUGAUACUGUGGGCCUGAAGCUGGUUGUUCAGGAAGAGGCUACGAUUUUAACCGAAUCGGUCGCUCUCGCCGUCAAAACGGUGGACGGCACUGAUUUCCAGCGAACAUCUUUCUCCAUCCGAGACCCCAACAGUGUGCAGAUCCGUGGAGACAACAGAGCCAGGAGGAGUGUGAGAGCAGAGGCUUCCUCCCUCCCUCAGGGGUCCGUCACGUUCCCCUCUUCCCUCACAGCGAACCUCUCCCCUGAGCAGCAGCUACAGGCCUCCAGACUCCAGUUCAACUUCUACCAGAAGAGCACUGUGUUCCAGGACCGAGCCCUGGGAGACAGCAAGCUGAAUAGUGGAAUCCUGGGGGCCAGUGUGGCCAACCUAUCAAUCAAGUCUCUGCAGGAGGACGUGGUCAUCACCCUGAGAAACACUGAACCUGUCUUAGCACAUUUCGUGGUGGCAUGUGUUUUCUGGGACUUUGGCAUGAAUGAUGGCUCAGGAAGCUGGAACCGAGAUGGCUGCUCUGUCAGGAACAGCACAGAUAAUGAGACUGUCUGUGUCUGCAACCAUCUCACCUGCUUUGGUGUUCUACUGGACAUGUCCAGAACGGGCAUAACCAGUUGUCUCCAGGCCACAAUCCUCACCUACAUCACCUACAUAGGCUGUGGUAUCUCCGCCAUCUUCCUCUCCAUCACUCUGCUCACCUACCUGGCAUUUGGGAAACUGCGUAAGGACAUCCCAUCUAAGAUCCUGAUCCAGCUGUGUGUGGCUCUGUUGUUUUUGAACCUGGUGUUCCUGGUGGAUGGUUGGCUGGCCCUCUACCCUGAUGCUGUUGGCCUCUGCAUCUCCACCGCCUGGUUCCUGCACUACUUCCUGCUGGCUUCCUUCACCUGGAUGGGCCUGGAGGCCGUCCACAUGUACCUGGCCCUCGUCAAGGUCUUCAACACAUACAUACCACGUUACAUGCUCAAGUUCUCGCUCCUUGGCUGGGGAACUCCACUCCUUGUGGUCAUUGUCGUCAUUGCUGUUGACGAGGACAACUACGGACUAGUUGGCUACGGGAAGUACGUAGAUGGCUCCCGCACAGAUGACUUCUGCUGGCUGAAGAACGACAUUGCCUUCUACGUAACCGUUGUGGCUUAUUUCUGUGUCAUCUUCCUGAUGAAUCUCGUCAUGUUUGCGGUAGUGAUGGUUCAGCUGUGUCGGAUAAAGAGGCAGAACCCCGACAACAAGAGGCACCGUAACGGGCUGCAGGACCUGCGCAGUGUGGUUGGAGUCACAGUACUCCUGGGUCUCACCUGGGGCUUUGCCUUCUUCGCCUGGGGGCCCGUCAACCUGCCCUUCAUGUAUCUCUUUUGCAUCUUCAACUCCUUUCAAGGGUUCUUCAUCUUUGUGUUCCACUGCGCUGUGAAGGAGAACGUGAGGAGGCAGUGGAGGACUUAUCUCUGCUGUGGUAGACUGAGACUGGCGGAGAACUCAGAGUGGAGCCGCACCGCAACACAGAAGACAGGGAAGAAGUCAUUGCCAGUGACCAGAGCCACGUCCCUCCACUCCGACAACUCCUCCCAGUUCAACAAUUCCUCCAUCUUCUCCUUCUUGUCCAAUGACUCCUCAAAGCGACCCAGUGGAGGAAUAGGUAGUCCAUUUGAUGACAGAUCCAUCACUGCCCUGGAAGAGCCCAACUCAGACGUGGUCCUCAACAAGAUAAACAGCCAGUUUAGGAGUCCGAGUUUGAGAGCACCCUGA